ACCCUUUUCGUCAACAUCAUUUCUGCCGAAGCUCCCCGCCGACUCUUCACUCACCACGCGACGACUGUCUGUCAACUAGCCUUGCCGCCGGUCGCUUGCUGCAUCUGCGCAGCAAUUCUUUCAAGGCACAACAGCUAUCGCUUGCUCGGCCCAACGCGCCUGCAUAGCGACGUAACGACUCUCACCACUCCACCUCCGAGCCGGUGAGGUGCCGUUCUAAAUCAUGUCAACAUUUACUGCCCUCAAUGGGGGCUCACCAAAAACGUCAGAACCACCCAACCCGCCCGCCGACGCCAGUAGAGCCCCGUCAGACGAGCGCACCAAUGGGCAACCCACCCUUCCUGAGCCCAAAUCAACAGCCGCCGUAGAGCCCUCCCCAAACCAGAGAGAGCCCUGGGCCGGCCCAAGCCAGGACAGAUCCCCGUAUCAAACAGCAAAUUACCCCGACGUUGAUGGCUCUCAUAAGAGAAAGCGAUCAAACUCAGUGGAGCUAAGGCGGGAAGCUCCCGGGCGUCAGGAAAAGUCCCCUGAGACUGCCUCUCAGCCUCACCCACCAGAACCACGUGAACCGUAUGGAACGCCCUCGCGCGAUCAUCGCCCGUACGCUGAACGCGAAGAUUCAAGGGAACAGGGUGAGUCAUGGUAUUCACGUGAGGGAAGAGAAAGGGAGAGGGAGAGAGAGGAGAGGGGUUACUACGACCAACCUUCGGCAACAUCUACCCAAGGUCAAUCCGAAGAGCAAAUUGGGGAGGCUCUGAGACGCGCCAACCAGAUGGAUGCGAAUGAUUACGACAACACCAGCCCUGACGGUGAUGAUCGAUCUAUGGCCUAUGGCUCUUACACGCCUGGCGGAUCCCGUGAUAUGCUUCAAUCCGACAAGGCGAAGAGAAAACGAAACUUCAGUAACCGAACCAAGACGGGGUGUCUUACGUGCCGAAGGAGGAAGAAGAAGUGCGAUGAGCAGAAGCCGGAAUGUAGCAACUGUCUUCGUGGAGGCUUUGUCUGUGCAGGAUAUCCUCCGCAGCGGAACACGGCUUGGCAGAAGCCGGACAGCAAGGCCGCCGCCAUCCCCUUGGAGUCCAAAGACCCCAGCUACGUCCCACCUGGCGCGUAUGGCAUGCCACAACAAGCUCCCUACGGCAGCCAACCAGCUGUCGGACCAAGACGAGAGGCAUUACCUCCCUACCGUGGCCAGCCCUUGCGGAUAGAUCCUCCUCAGGGCCGACCCCUACUGACUGACGACGACCGGCCGACAGCCUCGACGAUUCCCAGUGCAUCGGUUGCGAGCCCCGAGACCAAGCUAUCCGCCAUUCCCUACACUCCAGCGAACGCCUUCCCGACGCCAAUCAGUGCCCAAGGGCCUCCUCAUGCCCCCUUCUCAGAGAGAAAGGACUACCAGCGUGUGCCCCCGUUGCACGACAUUAGCAGGACUGUGCCGGAACCGGAGACGCCUCAUCCUGGCAACACGCUGCCGCAAAUCAAUAUUCUGCACCCCACGAGGUCGAACACCUAGCUCAGCUAGUUGGAGCAAGAAAAGCGCGGGGAGGCACCGGCUGCGUGGGGGGUUUAGCUCUGGUAGCUCUAGACGGAGGCCGGAUGGACGGGCUUACAUUGACAGCAAAAGGCCGUCAGUGCAGGUUCGGAGGAGCAGGCAA